UUGACAUCGAGAGAGAAGUGACACGGCGGCGAGCUUUGCGUAAGAUUCUGCGAAAUUGUACCGAAACGUUCACCAGAGAGGCAGGGAAACGACUGGAUUCGUCAGGAUGUGGUUUUUAAUCAUACUCAGUUGGUUAGCCACGUUUGUGCAUGUCUGCCUGGCCACUUUGGCACUUGCUGCUGGUCUGUACUAUUUGGCAGAGUUAGUUGAAGAGUACACAGUUAUUACUAUGAGAGUCAUCAGAUGGCUUGUUGCUAUCACAGCAGGAAUCUACGUUGGUUUGAUCAUCUUUGAAGACUUCCCGUACUAUCUGACACUUACAGGAUUAGUUUCAAUUGGAUUCUACUCUUUACUGCUCAAAACUUUCCCGUUCAUAGAGCUGUCUUCACCAGUCUUUAUUCUUAGUUGCGUAUUAGUGAUUGUAAAUCAUUAUCUAGCGUUCCAGUAUUUUGCAGAUGUGUGGCAUCCAUUUUCAGAGGUGAUAGCAUAUUUCACGAUGUGCCUUUGGUUGGUACCAUUCGGUUUCUUUAUCUCACUGUCAGCAAAUGAUAACAUUCUCCCAACAACACACAUGCCUGCCACUGAAGGAAAGAAAUCAGAUGAUCUCGUCACAAGCUAUUUCAACAAGAAAAGUAAACGCAGUGGGAUUCUAUCGGUAUUUGACAUGCUUAAGGAUACAAUCAUCCCAGAGAGAACUAAGCGUUUCUAGUCCUCAGUCAGACCAACAUGGUAUCAGGUGCUUAGCAACUAGACCUAUCCUAAAGACCAUUGUCAUACUGCUACUAUCUUGGUCAUGUUCCCCCUAUUCGUUAACUGCAACGAAUGCUUAUAUUCAUUGAAAAGGAACUAUACUAUUUCUUCCCUCACCUCAAGCUCAGUUUGGUUACAUUGAGUGGAGUGAGAGAAAAUCAAGAUGGCCGCACCAUGAAAAAUGUUUAUAGCAUGUAUUGUAGUUCCCAGUAGACGCCAUCUUUAUGGGCAACUUGGGUUUUGGCUUUGUGCUGCAUCAAGCAUUGUAGUAUUUCUAGUCUACACAGCCAAAUGGUUCACAGGCAAACGUGCUGCAACGCAAUAUUUAUACCUAAAGCAUAAAUGUUCGUUUUAAAAUAGUGUUUCUUUGCCGGUGAAGAUGGCUGCCUUUACACUGUGUGACGUUAAAGGGGAACUAUGUACAUGUAUUGAACCAGUUUUGCCAUUUCUUUUUGCCAAUUAAAGCUAUUUCCUAAAGAAAGUCGCACCUUUUCUGGAAAAAUAACGAGGCAUUGUCAAAGCUUUAUAUGAUUUACUCUAGUAUGAAAAUCAAAGAUUACCGCCAGUUCUUUUAUUGUCUCCCAGCAUUCCUACUUGGUGAUAACCAAGUGAGAAAAAACCUCAGACCUUCCUCCACCUUCAGACAAGUCAUGAAUCUUAAUGAUUUUCUCAAACCUGUCUAAAUUUAAGAAGAGGCAGAGCUGUCGAAAGGGUUUAAGAUGCUUAGUUUGUCUUGAUAACUCAUAACCUUUGGUAUGGGCAAAAACUAUGAAAUGAAAAAACUUGGGGAUUUAAAAGUGUACAUUAUGAAAUAAAUAUAAUUGGAAAGAUUUUUGAAGCGGAAUGUAAUGAUUCAAAGUAUCUCUCGAAAUUGUGUGGUUUCCUUAUGCUUUUUGAACUAACAAAGUAAAAAAUUAUUCCACAAAAUGGCAGACUUUUUUAGCUUACAAAGUUAACAACAAAACCAGACAAUUUGAAUUGAUACUUGCGUGAAUUAUAUUGAAAUUUACUUUCAAAACGUGUAUUCCAACGGACCAUAUUCAUUUCAUAACAAAUGCUUUUAUAAGCCCAAAGCUACCAAUCCAAGGCAACGUGUCCCUUAAAUCUUUCAACUCAUUUCAUCAACGUUUCAUUGUAAAGUUUGAUUUAUUAUUUUAUGCAAAAGUGCUACACGUAUCUGAGCAUUGAACAUUUUGAACUUUAAUGGUUCAUUGCUGUCAGGUACGGACUGUAAAAAUUAAAAU